AAUAUCUCGCGGAGACUUGCGCGCUCGGCUCACACAAACAACACUCCGAUAGAUCCAGCGCCACCGGACGCACGCACGCACGCUGAGAUCGAUGGCCACCGACGCCACGGCGCCGCACGCGCUCCUCCUCCCCUACCCGGCCCAGGGCCACGUUAUCCCUUUCAUGGAGCUCGCCCACCGCCUCCUCGACCGGGGCUUCGCCGUCACCUUCGUCAACACCGAGUUCAACCACCGCCGCGUCGUGGAAGCCGCCGCUGGCGCGCCGGCUGCUGAAGGCGGGCGGCGCCUGCGGCUGGUGGGGGUCCCUGACGGGAUGGACGACGGCGAGGACCGCGACAACCUGGUCCGGCUCAAUGCCACCAUGCCGGAGACCAUGCCGCCGCGGCUGGAGGCGCUUCUCGACGGCGGCGGAGGGAGCGCUGGCGGCGAGGGCCUGGGCAGGGUGACGUGCGUCGUGGUCGACGCCGGCAUGUCGUGGGCGCUGGACGCGGCCAAGCGGCGGGGGCUCCCCACGGCUGCGCUCUGGGCGGCGUCGGCGGCCGUGCUCGCCGUGAUCGUGGGCGCCAAGAACCUCAUUCGCGAUGGCGUCAUCGAUGACGACGGAGCUCCGGUUAAGCUGGACAGCAGCGACUCGUUCCGGCUGGCCGAGUCCAUGGCGCCAAUGGAUGCGACCUUCCUCGCCUGGAACUACAUGGGCAACCGCGACGCGGAGCGCAUGGUCUUCCACUACCUCACCACCACCGCCUGGGCCGCCGUCGCCAACGCAGACGUCCUCCUCUGCAACACCUUCUCCGACCUCGAGCCGGACAUCUUCACCCACCACUCCCCCGCCUCCAUCCUCCCCAUCGGUCCACUCCGCAGAUGGCAGCGCCGCUCAACAAGCGGCGAGGCGCCGGUCGUCGGGCACUUCUGGCGCACCGACGACGAGACCUGCCUGUCCUUCCUCGACGCGCAGCCCCACGGCUCCGUCGUGUACGUUGCGUUCGGUAGCUUGACUGUCAUGAGCCCCGCGCAGCUCCAGGAGCUUGCGCUUGCUCUGGGAACAUCUGGCCGCCCGUUCUUGUGGGUCUUCAGGCCGGGGCUGGCAGGCAAGCUUCCGACAGCGCUCACGGACCAAGUGGCGCAACAUGGGCGGGGGAAACUUGUGGAGUGGGCACCACAGGAGCGUGUGCUCGCACACCCGGCAGUCGGGUGCUUUCUGACGCAUUGUGGGUGGAACUCGACACUGGAGGGCAUCCGCAACGGCGUGCCGCUGCUCUGCUGGCCUUACUUCACCGACCAGUUCACCAACCAGACAUACAUCUGUGACAUCUGGGGGGUGGGAGUAAGGAUGGCACCCAUUGACAGGCAAGGCAUUGUGACCAAGGAGGAGAUCAUGGAGAGAUUGGAGAGCCUGCUGGGUGAUGGUGGUGUCAAGGAAAGGGUGAGUAAGUUGAAGGAGCUGGCGGAGAGGAGCAUGAGUGGAGAGGGACAGUCGUUGAAGAAUCUCAACGUCUUCAUGGAGUUUGUGAGAAAGUGAACAUUACAUUACAGCAUGGUUUUGUUAGACUGAAGAUGCAGUGUUUGAGUUGGCACUGAGGCACGCACACAUACACUGACACAAACCAACCAAACGGACGAUACAUCAGCACAUCACAGUAUCACACAAGCAGGGAAGUUCACAGGCAUUAUAUGCCCCGUGCACGUGAAGAGAGCAACUGAGAUGGAUCAUUGAUUUCAUUGCUAGCGAGCGAACGUAGAAUUAGCUUCGCGGGAUAUAUGCACUGCUCAUACGUUGUUCAUUUGAUCAUACCCUGUCCCGGUCAAAUCCACCAUCACGACGAGCAUCCACGAGCACACCCUGUCCCCCUCCAUCGCUUCAGGAGCGCCGCCGCAACAUGGAGCCCGAAUCACCGCCAUCUUCUUCAAGGUCGAGCAGCCCCACGCUCCGCAGUUCGGCACUGUUGCGUGCCCCCACACCCCCUCUCCUCCCUCUUCUUGCUUUCUACGCUGUCCGUCCGAGCUCCCUGCCUAUCGGAGUGCCGGCAAUGCCAGCGAAUCGAGCGCGGCCCUGGCGCGAUGCCACCCAGCGCAGCGCUGUUCCCACGACGCUGUCGGCAAGCGGAUUGAUCGCCGUCAUGUGACUGUGUGAGUCCAUCCCCCGCCGUCAGCUUACUGAAGAAAUCCCACUCGAUAUUGGGUGCUGCAAAGCUUCAAGUGGCUGUGUUAUAUGCGUCUACGUGAUACUAAUUCUUUGUAUCUUAUGAAAAUUUCGAUUGUAUAGUAUCACUGAACUUUUGUGCAGCAAGAACUGAAGGACCUGUACUUACCUGCUGAAUUAGGAUCUGCCAAUAAGCAUGCAACAAACUAUUUUUUUCCAAACUUAACUGUAAGUGACACAAGUACGCAUAGUGGAAUCUCUGUUCCAGUGGAGCAGCUGAGCAAGUGUUUCCUCCACUGUUUGUGCAGCUUCUGUCUUGUUACAGAAAGUGAACUUAAAUACUAGAUAAGUCUUCGGUUCCAUCACAAAACACUAUGAAUUGCACCUAAGAGAGAGAAGCAGGAUGGGGUAUAAUGUGUAUAAAUCAUGAAGAACUUCCAAGUGAACUUAAAGAUGCAUCAAUAUUUUUUUUGGGCAAGCAACAACAUGAUUGAUCUUAUUUUUGCAGGUCGGCACAGUCAAAGUUGUAUGUAUAUAGACUUGUGCUUGUGGUGGAGGGCUCAAGUGGAGCACAAGUAAAUUGGUAUGAAUUAUUUUUGUUUGUAUAUAACUUUUUAUUUGAAUAAAUUAUAUAAACUUUUGAUUUAGCUUAAACAACUGUGAUUUGGACCUCACGUGAUACAAUUAGCAAGUUUACGAAUCUGAAUGUGCAGUGUGAAAGUUUAGGGAUCGAAAUAACACCCUAACCUAAGGUCAAGAACUGGCGGUGUAUUUUACUCCUAGAGAAAUGCAGGAAGCAUCAUCUGCGUGAUUGGAAGAAGUGGAGGGUGGAAGCUGGAAGUGCACGAGUGCAGAGUCCUGCAUGGCAAACAGGGGUAUUUGCCUGUAAGAUCUUGUGCUCCAUUAAUUGCUAAGAAUAAGAUCAAUUAUCGACUAA